AUGGCUUCCACCUAUCUCUGUGCUCUGCUUGCCAUCUUUCUUGCUAUUCAGUCUGUCUCUGCUGAUCCAUUGGGCAGCUUACUUGCUCCUAUCUUCUCUCCAAUCUUGGAUGUGUGCAAACAAGUAGAAUGUGGAAAAGGGACUUGCAAGCCUUCUAGCAACAGCACUUUCCUUUUUGAAUGUGAAUGUGAACCUGGGUGGAAGCAGACUUCUUCUAAUCACACUGAUCACCUCAAGUUUCUCCCUUGCGUGAUUCCCCAAUGUAAUCUGAAUUACUCUUGCACCAAAGCGCCAGCCCCUGAACCGACCAAAGCCAAUGAGUCAUCAAUCUUUGAUCCUUGCUUUUGGAGUUAUUGUGGAGGUGGAUCAUGCAACAAGACAUCAAAAUUCACAUACAACUGCGAAUGUGCAGAAGGUUAUUAUAAUCUUCUAAAUGUCACUGCCCUCCCUUGCUUUGAAGAAUGUGCAAUCGGGAUGGAUUGUGCAAACCUUGGGAUUUCAGUGUCAAAUAAAUCUGCUGCUUCAGCACCACCAUUCGCUGACAAUGCAGAGAAUCAAGCUAGCUCAAUGGUACAAGUAAACUCUCCUACAUUGCUGAUCCUGAUGCUGUUUGCUGCUAUGCUUCAUUGGAAAUAG